UUGCCUAAUGGUUGAGUAAAUUAAAUGUUUGGGUUUGGUCUCCAUGACAACCAGCUGUCCAUAAUUAGUUAAUCAAGACAGGCAGAGUUGAGGCUAGAGUGGCUGCAUGUCAAGAGGUCGUAAGGUGCUUGAAUCAUUUAGUCAUCAGGUAGUUUGGGUCCAUACCACUGAAACAAUGCAUCGAGCUCUGCCCAUAUAUCUAAGUUUUCUUAUGAUUGGCUCUGUCUUUGCUGGAGGUUCCUGGUGUGCCAACACAGCAAGAGCCCGAGCAGCUGCCCUGGGUUUGGUCCUCCCUAGGACCCAGUUUGUCCCUUACAGCCUUCGACCAACACGCCAUAGGAGUUUUGAUCCCAUAAAAACCCACUAUGAAAAUAAGGAUGGGCCCAAAGAGGCUCAGUUUGAGCCUAGCCUUCUGCGCAACAGUAAAAUCCAAGGGGAUGGCUAUCCAACUGACUGGGCCUAUGGACAAGUCUUCGCCAGAGGCUUUCAACCCAAACCGUAUUCACUAAACUAUCACGGUUCUGAUCCCAGUUUGGCUGACUCCUCUGUCAGCCAUUCUGUCUACACUCCCAAGGGAGAACUUGUUAGCAGCCACAAGCCCAACUUUGAGCAAGUCAAGAAUUCUGUGCCUCGAUCAAAUGUAAUGGUAGCCCCUGGUCAGUUUGAGUACUCAGACAAAGUGGACAUUCGCAAUUACUAUAAGCCUGUUGUAGUUCAGCCUGUUCCCAGCAGACGUAGAACAAUCCAGAGUGUGGUUCCACGACCCCAGAGCAGAGGUGCUGUACCCUAUGGAAAAAGUAUCCUAUGGUCCUGGCCACAGUAGAGACUUAUCCUCUCCACCAUCCCAGAGUGGACUCAUCAGCCUCCGAGCUAAAAAAAAAAAAAAUGUUCCCAGACCCUGUUGUCCAUUCA